CGGCACCGCCGGGGCUGACUCUGAGCGCGGCGGCAGUUCUCUCGGAGGCGCGCGAUGGGGCGGGGCAGGACGCUCGGGGGCUCCGCGGUCCUGUGGGCUCUGCUGGCCGCCCGCGUGGCGGCGGCGUUCGAGCCGGUGAGCGUGGGCAUCGCCAUCGGGGCCGUGUCGGCGCUCACCGGCUACCUGUCCUACUCCGACUUUUACUGCCGCUUCGCCGAGUGCUGCAAUGAGGAACGGCCCCUCAACGCGUCGGCCCUCAAGCUGGACUUGGAGGAGAAGCUGUUUGGACAGCACCUCGCCACCGAAGUGAUUCUCAAGGCACUGACGGGCUUCAGGAACAAUAAAAACCCCAAGAAACCACUGACUCUGUCCUUGCACGGCUGGGCUGGCACGGGCAAGAAUUUUGUCAGCCAGAUCGUGGCUGAAAACCUUCACCCAAAAGGCCUGAAGAGUAACUUUGUUCACCUGUUCGUCUCUACUCUGCACUUCCCUCACGAGCAGCAGAUAAAACUGUACCAGGACCAGCUCCAGAAGUGGAUCCGAGGCAACGUGAGCGCGUGUGGCAACUCCGUCUUCAUCUUCGACGAGAUGGAUAAGUUGCAUCCUGGGAUCAUCGAUGCAAUCAAGCCCUUCCUAGACUACUAUGAGCAGGUGGAUGGGAUUUCCUACCGCAAAGCCAUCUUCAUCUUCCUCAGUAAUGCAGGCGGGGACCUGAUAACUAAGACGACCCUGGACUUCUGGCGAGCAGGAAGGAAGAGGGAAGAGAUCCAGCUGAAGGACCUGGAGCCCGUGCUGUCCGUGGGUGUCUUCAACAACAAGCACAGUGGUCUGUGGCACAGUGGGCUGAUAGACAGAAACCUCAUCGACUACUUUAUCCCCUUCCUGCCCUUGGAGUACAGACACGUGAAGAUGUGUGUGCGGGCAGAGAUGCGGGCUCGGGGGGAUGCUGUCGAUGAAGACGUCGUCACCAGGGUGGCAGAUGAAAUGACAUUUUUCCCCAAGGAUGAGAAGAUCUACUCAGACAAGGGCUGCAAGACUGUGCAGUCACGGCUGGAUUUCCAGUGAGCUCCUCACCCCACAGGGUGGGAGGAUUCGGGGAGCCUCCCGCUCCUCCAGGGCCUUGCCUUGCCGAAGCACUUUGAAGACCCCCUUGGGGUUUGCACAUUUGCACCUGUGGACUCUGGGGAUGCUGUCAGUGCUGCGUGGCAGCAGCUGAAGACGAAUGUGGAUCAAGUGCCUAGAAAAUCGGAACACAGUGCCAGUGGUGCCCAUGCCUCAGAUGCCACUAAUGGGCUACACACCCUGUUGCAGCCUUGGGGAACCAGACUUUUCUCUCCAGGAGCACCACCUCUGCUUUUUUUUUUUUUUUUUUUUGCCUUGAGCUGGCACUGAGUUUUCAGAAGCAGAUGCUGGUGUCUGAGGGGAGCAUGUGGGCCUGACCUCGGCUGCACUGUCAGUGAGCAGUAGGGACUGUCUAUAAGGUCCUUGUAGCACACAGGGACAGCCUUCGAAGCUAUACCUUACCUUAGCUGCUGCUCACAGCCCUGGCUGUGGGAUUCUCUCACUCCUACUGUGUAUGCGUUGCAGCAUGCCUUGGACCAUGUCUCGUGAACUGUUAGAUUCACCCCAGCCUCAUCCCUGGUCAUGUCAGAACGGCCAUCAGCUGGGCCAUCAGCUUUGAAGGAGGUCUGGUUCGUUUGCCUGUUAGACUUGCUCUGAAGGUCAAGCUCAGCUGUACAGCACCAGUCUCAUGCACAGGAAGCCUUAGUGCUAGACCAGGACUGGCCUGGCCACACCCCCAGUGUGCACAGACUCCGCCUGCAGGAGGGGCCACACACCAGAGAUGCUGCCUUUUUUUUUUUUUUAAGGACACGUUUUUUUUGUUUUUGUUUUUUUUUUGGUUUGUCGAGACAGGGUUUCUCUGUGGCUUUGGAGGCUGUCCUGGAACUAGCUCUUGUAGACCAGGCUGGCCUCCCGAGUGCUGGGAUUAAAGGCGUGCGCCACCAACGCCCGGCGAAGGACACGUAUAUUUUUAAAACACGUUUUUUUUACUUCUAAACGUUAGGUAAAAAUAUAAGAUGCCAUGUGUUUUAAAACUUAGGAAGCACCUGGCGGUGGUGGCACACACCUUUAAUCCAGCAUUUGGGAGGCAGAGACAGGCAGAUCUCUGAGUUCUGAGUUCAAGGCCAGCCUGGUCUAUAGAGAGUUCCAGGAUAGCCAGGGCUACACAGAGAAACCCAGUUUCAAAAGACAAAAACCUAGGAAAGACAUAAAAUAGACUAAGUAUUCUUAAUAUUCUCAGGUUUAUUGUUGCUGGGUGUGGGACACAAUGCCCUUUCUCCUAGCAGGAAGAUCAGGACUCAGGGUUCCUCUGCUAUGUUGUAAAUUUGAGGCUAGCCUGAGCUAUGUGAAAUUCUUAAAAGUUUUUAUUGUUAAAAUGUGUAGAGUGGAAUUAUAUGGGCACAACUUUAGACCCCACAGUCCUGUUUGCGGUGGGUCCUGGGUGUAACCUCUGGGUGGUGUCUUGAGUGGCAGUCCCGGGCUGUUCUGACUGUAGGAGAGCAUGUCUGUGACUCCAGCCUUUAACCAUACCGGGCUGUUCUGACGGUAGGAGAGCACGUCUGUGACUCCAGCCUUUAACCAUUCUGUCUAUCACUACAGUGCAGCUGCAGACAUGAGAAGACUGUGCUGUGUUUUUACAGAGUGUGGUAGAAUGACUGUUUUUAUAACGUGGAGAUGCCUUAUAGAGAAUCUUAGUCUUUUAAAAAUGCCCAGGUGAGCUGGGUGUGGUGGUGUAUACCUUUAGUCCCAGCACCUGGGAGGCCAUGGCAGGACUGCCUCAACUUGGGAGGCCAGCCUAGGCCGAGCUACAUACAGAGACCCCGUCUCAAAGCAGAAAGCAGACAAAAGCCUGCCAAGAUGAGGAAGUUCCAUGCCAUAUGCUUGGGUUGGAGCCAAGCUACCAUUUAUAACCUGUUGAGUGCCUGAUCAAGAAGAAACAAGCCUUUCUGUUUACAAUGAUGCAAUAUGUGGACACGUGUUGGCCACCUUUGGACUGCUGUUACUGAUCUGUGACUUGGCAAGGCCUGGGCUGGCCUGUGAGAAGGCAUUAACAGAGUUGGAUGCAGACUAAUAAAACCAGUGUGGUGCGCUGUGA